AUGUCCCCUCGCGGCAACGCCACUACCGAUGCGGCAGCAUGGCUUGGCCGUUAUGAAGACGCCAUCGGCCUGGACGCCACUCCGCGACCUGGUUCGCCGGGCCCUGAAUCCUGGGUGCCCCUGGCGCCGAAUCAACGAAUGGCAGCCGCUGGCCCUGGUUCAGGCGAUAAAGCUGCUAUUGUCGGCUAUCAGUGCCCAAAGAGUUGCGGCAACCCUGCCGAGCCGCCAAGCUAUAGCCAUCAUGGAUCCAAAUCCGGACCCCUGUCUCCAUAUGCCAAUGCCGGCCUUCGUCCAGACCCGCCCAGGAGCUUCUCCCUCGCGUACCUGAUUCACAAGCUUUGUUUGGUGUUUGUGUUUCUCUCCAUUGCUUUGUUGGUCUCCGGUUUAAUACCUAUUUAUGCCCCGGAAAUCUAUGCAGCUCCUCCUGAUGUUUCUCCAUCUUCUUCUUCCUCAUCUUCUUCUUCUUCUUAUUUCCCUUCUAAGACGCAACUACCAGCUCCUCAGCUGGAACAGUUAGCCUUCGUUUCUCAAUCCUCACACUCUUUUUAUUCUUACAUCAUGGCUGUUCCUAGCUGGCUCUGGACGCACGCCCUGGCCUUCUCAGCCGUUCUUCCGUCACUCAUUAACCCUACCCACGCCGCUCCUUCUACUCCUCUUACUGCAACAGACUAUGUUGCCAACUCCGUCACAGCCAUUCGAGAGCUGAAUAAUGCAUGGUACGAUACCGAGACUGGUCUCUGGAACGCUGCCUGGUGGAACAGUGGCAAUGCCCUUACCACCUUGGCCGACUUUGCUCAGCUGAGACUCAAUGAAGCCAACCAGCUCAAUGUUGGUGGCUUUCUGCGCAACACUUAUACCCAGGCUCAGUUGACCACUGUCUCAGUCGCCAAGGUUGUCAACGCCGUGGGUCUUCCCACGUCUACCCACUGCAUUAAUGGCAAAGGAUGCCAUGCUACCGUCUCCUCAUCUCUGGAGAAGCGAGGAUUUGCUGAUUUCCUCGAUGACUUUUAUGAUGAUGAGGGAUGGUGGGCUCUUGGCCUGAUUCAUGCCCACGAUGCCACUGGCGACCAGGACUACCUUGACUCAGCCAUCGAAAUCUUCAACGACAUGCAAACCGGCCAAGGAACUCCUUGCGGUGGAGGCAUCUACUGGAGCAAAGACCGCACCUACGUCAAUGCUAUCGCCAACGAGCUGUAUCUUUCUGUCGCCGCUUCCCUUGCCAACCGUGUGCCCUCCAACACCACCUAUCUCCAGAUCGCAAAGGCUCAGUGGAACUGGUUCAAGGGCAGCGGCAUGAUCAACUCCAACAACCUCAUCAACGACGGCCUCGACUCCAACUGCAAGAACAACGGCUUGACCACCUGGUCCUAUAACCAGGGCGUUAUCCUCGGCGGUCUAAGCGAGCUUGCCCGUGCUACCGGAGAUUCAUCCUACCUUACCACCGCCGCUACCAUUGCUAACGCCGCUAUCAACUCCCUUUCCAAUUCAAAUGGCAUCCUGGUCGAAGCAGACCAAUGCGAGCUUGCAUCAGGCAACUGUGGCCUGGAUGGCCAGCAGUUCAAGGGCGUCUUCAUCCGCAACCUCCGAUACCUCAAUGACUUGGCACCAAACAACAACUUCAAGAACUUCAUCCUUCGCAAUGCUCAAUCCAUAUGGAACAACGACCGCAACAGCGACAACAUGCUCGGCGUCGCCUGGGCGGGCCCUUAUGUGGCGGCUACGGGGCCGUCCCACAGCAGUGCUCUAGACGCCCUAGUGGCGGCGAUUGCUGUUUCAUAG